AUGGCGCGUGCAUGCACCGCAUUGCUACUGCUCAGCGCUGCCUCCGCCCUGAGACAGCCACAGACCGUGACGCUAAGAGACGUAACAGCAGUGCAUAAGUCAAAUUGUCGCGGCGCGUCUCCACCACUGCUGAAUCACGGCCUCCAAUCGCGGCCGCACGCCAUCGACGCGACGCCAGCUCGAUGGUGUGGCGGUCCGAUCUCUCACCGUUCUAUUCAGCCAGCACGGUCGCGUUUCGCUGCGAGAGAAUACGACUCGACUCACGGAUCGACUUGCGCACAGGUCCACAGUAAAAGAGACGUCACAUUGGUUGGAGCUAUGCAUUAUAACCCAGUGAGCAUUGCUCUGGCAGAGCGAUGCGUCGAGGAGCAGGAAGGGCUCGGCGCCGUCGUCGUCGAGAGCUGUGAAUCGCGGUGGCGGCGGACGCAAGAAGUGAGCCCACCGGGAAGCAUCGGCCGCGUGCUGCUGCCUUCCGAGAUGCUCGCCGCCGCCGAGGCGGCAGAGGAGCGCGGCGUUCCGAUCUCUCUGGGCGACACGGACGUCGGAGAGCUCGGUCCGCGGCUGAAAGAGCUCCUCAUCGCGAGUUUGAUGGACCUCCUCAGUCCCGGCGAGGGUUGGCGGAGAAUCGGCGACGACUUGCGGCGUGGUGCGAAACUCGCGUUCGACACGAGCGACCUCGACGGCGACGCCUUGGAGUUCUCGGACUUCCUGAAGCCGGACCUACUACUAGGCUUCGUGACGUCCUUGCUCGCGUACCCGGCGGCGGCCCUGGUCAAAGCUCCUAUACCUGUUGGGGGUCUACUUCUCGGCUCAGCAUUUGGCGCGCACUACCUGGAGCAAGCGGCGCGCGAGGCCGACGCCCUCGCGGCCGCAGGUGGCGACUCCUCCGCGUCCUACCUGUUGCUCAGCGGCGUGCUGAUCGUGCUCGACAUCUUGUUUCCCAUCGUCUUCGGGCGGCUGUUGCUCGUCGCCAUGCUCGAGGAGCGGAACGUGCGCUUAGCCCGGUCCAUCACCGAGGCCGCUGAUAGAAGCAGGGGCAACGUCGUCGCGAUCUGUGUGGAAAUCAACCAGUGCGUCGGAUGCAAGUCAUUUCUCGGCGACAACGCAAUCUUGAUAACUGAAUCGAGUGGUGUAAGACCCACACCGCCACGCCAUCGAGCAGGCAUCGCGUCGAUGGCGUGGAGGACGACGCGACGAUUCAGAACGAACGCGCCGUAACACAGGUCGCGAUCCUCGGCGCGCUCCACGUGAAUGGAGUGGCGCGGCUCCUGAAGGACCCGUCCGGCUACGGCGAGGGGAAAGCUGGCACGUGGUGGACGGACGACAUGAUCGAGGCGAAGCCCGAGUAAGUAUAUUGUGGUAAAC